AAUAACAUUAACGGUGAAAGAUUUAAUAAUGCGGUAUAAGCGGCGCACAUCUCAGACGACGAGGGCGUCGCGGCAUUCUGACAAGAAGUACACUAUCCAGUUGGACCUGGACUACUUGGAGCGGGGUGGCGGCACGCUGACAGUGACCGGGGCGCCGAGCGUAGAGCCCAGCCCUGAUAAUCUCGACCUUGUCAAGGUCGUACUCCUAGGUGCACCUGCUGUCGGCAAAACUAGUAUUAUUCAGCAAUUCGUAUGGAGCGACUUCUCAGAAGAAUACGUACCGACUGACCGCAAGCAUACUUUCUACCCCUCAGUCAUCAUCAACGAACAUUUGUACGAAGUGAAAAUAACCGACGUACCCGUAAUACCUUAUUUCCCAAUAAAUUCCUACUACGAAUGGGCACAUUACCGUUUCUACGGUCUACGAAAUGCUACGGCCUACAUUCUUGUCUUCGAUUUGUCGAACGUAGAAACUUUUCAAUAUAUUAGAACGCUACGAGACCAAAUGGUUGAAAGUCGUGACAUGAGGAAUGUACCUGUCUUAGUUGUUGGGAAUAAACAGGAUUUGUUGUGCAGUAACACACCUUCAGCGGUAACAGGGUUGCAGCAAUUGGCAAUGGCGGAAAGUGCAUGUGGUGAUUCAAGAGAAAAGAGACGUAAUAUUGUAAAUCUUGUUAGAAAACAUUGGAAGUGCGGUUACGUUGAAUGCUCCGCGAAAUAUAAUUGGCGGGUUAUAGCUGUGUUUAAAGAACUCAUGGAAAUGAUAGAUGCUUUGGAGUGGAGUGGAGGAGGUCGUAGUGCUGAGCCUCCCCCUGAUUCCACAGCGGGGGGCAGUGGGGGAACACACGAGAAUAGAUGUGCGGUUGCUUAGCAUUUCCAUUCCGAUUCCGGACACGUUAACGCGUGGUGGAAAAGUUUUAAUGUUAAAUUCUGGUCGUUGUUUUCGAAAGAAAGAUCUUUAAGAUUUUAAUGUACUAUGUAAGUUAUGACAUGUUUACGCUUAAU